AUGGAUCGGGUUGGAGCAAAGGAUGGGGGGCAGAGAAAGAGAAUGUUUAAGAACAAUCAACUGGGGGUAACAAAUCUGGUGAUUGGAAUGCUCCAAAAUCUUAUGACAGAGACCAAUCGUCAGGAUGAGGUCAAACUAAAGCUUGGCAAAAUCUGUGGCAUGGGGGAGGUGAUGGGUUGGGCUGGAACAAGAGAGGUGUUAAGGCUGGGACAGGUGGCCUAA